AUGGUACAUAAUCCGUCGCAGUCCAGUGUCUCUAGCAGUGCUAGUGGUGCGAUCAGCCAGCGCACCAAUCAGACAGUCAGCGAUCCAGGCGUGUCCAACGUCGAUUGCUACUGGAGUUGCGACAUCUGUGGCCUCAUGUGUAAAGCCCAACACGAGUUCUGCGACGAUGCUUUUUGCUCGGGUAAGAGACCAGCCAGGAAUAGUCGCAGGUGGUUUAUAUGA